CAUUGCUCCAUGGUGUUUUUCUGGGAGGAGUGGGACAGCAGCCGUACAGGGAAAGAAAACAGCAAUAAGCAACAACUAAGGGUACAAACCUGGCUGUGUGGGACUUGGACGGAACCAGAUAGAUGAAGUUAAUCGGGAAUAUCUUUCCUCGACCGUCUUUUAGGUGACCGUGUCGGUCCUCACUUUUAAUUACCGAGCAGUAUACGGGACUCAUGGAUAAAAGGAGAGCAGGCGGAGACGACGACAUCAAAGGGGCUCCCGGGUCAUUAGAUAAAGCUAUAGCACCGUUCAGACCAUUAUUUAACACGCAAGAGCCGAGCAGCCUCUCGAAAAAGCAAAGAGCUUUGUAACAAGCCAGUUUUGGUAAUUGUCUGGAGCCUCCUGGUCGUCUUUUCAGGGAAAGAAAAGACGUACGUACGCGCGUCAGGCUACUCAUAAAAACAACAGUAUCUUACUAAAGGCUAAUAUUUUGUGAACCGACCCCUCCCAUGCCAAAGAAGAACCACAUUUUCUAUAGCCCUAGUUUUGUAGCGUUUUUUCGUUUUCUUCAGAUAAGUAAAAGCUAAGGCUGCUACACUUCUGUCUUUUUUUCCUUUGUUACUCAGACCAAGACAAGCAGGCAGCUCCAGCUGAGGCAACACUUGACUCAGUUUUGAGCCCUGUAUGUUUUUAUGGGAAACUUUUCAACCUCUCGUUUUUCUAAGUGCUGAAAGUUGGAGAAGGAAACCCCUUUUUCUAGCGAUCCUCCUCCUCCAAUCUCUCCCUCCACAAUAAGAGCCACAUUGUAGGUAUGGAGGACCAGGCCCGCAUGAUGUUGGGUCAUAUUGGACUAACUGGACUGUCUCACGAGGAUGUGGGUGACCCUGACAACAUAAGGAAACAUCACAACCUCGGUCAGCCGCAGCAGGACAUUGGUGAGAUCCUCCAGCAGAUCAUGGUCAUCACAGAUGAGAGUCUCGAUGAGGCGCAGGCCAGGAAACAUGCUUUAAACUGCCACAGAAUGAAGCCCGCCCUCUUCAGUGUCCUGUGUGAGAUCAAAGAAAGGACAGCCCUGAGCAUCCGAGGCGCCCAAGAAGAAGACGGUCCAGACCCUCAGAUCAUGCGACUGGACAACAUGCUGUUAGCAGAGGGGGUCGCGGGCCCGGAGAGGGGCGGGGCCUCUGCAGCGGCGGCAGUGGUUGCUGCGGCAGCCGGAGGGUCGCCCGCUGAGGCGAACAUAGAACACAGCGAGUACAAAGAGAAGCUCGCUCAGAUACGACGGAUGUACCACGCUGAGCUGGAGAAAUACCAACAGGCCUGCAAUGAAUUCACCGACCACGUGAUGAACCUGCUGAGGGAACAGUCCCGUACGCGGCCCAUCUCACCCAAAGAGAUCGAGCGAAUGGUGGGAAUAAUCCACCGCAAGUUCAGCACGAUCCAGAUGCAGUUAAAGCAGAGCACAUGUGAAGCAGUCAUGAUCCUUCGCUCCAGGUUCCUGGAUGCCAGGCGGAAACGAAGAAACUUCAGCAAGCAGGCGGCAGAGAUUUUGAAUACAUAUUUUUACUCCCAUCUGGCAAACCCCUACCCCAGUGAGGAGGCCAAGGAGGACCUGGCCAGGAAGUGUUCCAUCACUGUUUCUCAGGUGGCCAACUGGUUUGGAAACAAGAGGAUUCGGUAUAAAAGGAAUGUUGCAAAGUUGCAGGAGGAAGCUAACCGGUAUGCUGUGAAGACAGCUGUGGACGCAGCCAGUGUAUCUUCACAGGCCAGCCAAGCCAACUCCCCAGCGACACCAAACUCAGGAGGAUACCCAGCCCCGUGUUACACUCCUGACGGGAGGUUAUGAGGACCUGCCCGGACAAACUCUCCUCCCUCUCUGUGUCAAUGGUGAUGACGGCUGGCAGGGCAGCGGUGAUUCUUCCUCCCCCACCCCCCCCACCCAGAGCACCAAGGAGCAAGCACGACGUCACCUCCAGCUGAUGCUCCACCUUCCCUCCCACUCCUGCUCCUCAGACUAAUACAACCCAGACUGUAGACUGACCUCCAGCCACGCCACAAACAGAGCAUUACCAAAACUCUGCAACUUUUUUCUUUUGUUUUGCUUUGUGAUGCUGAUCCUUUUCUAACAUCAUCGUUUUUUUUAACCCCUACACUUAACGAAUGUGUUGACACCUCUAUAUAUUUUUUCUUUUUACUAUUACUCACACCUUUUCUUUCCUUUUUUUUUCAAAAAGGAUAAAUAAAUAAUGAAAAGAACCUUUUUUUAAUGUAGUGCUUCACCUACAGUGAAUCUUACACUGUAUGAAGGUUUAGGGCCUGUAUGUGGCCUUGAACCAGAUUCGUCAUUUUACUUCAAAGAAUUAAAAUAAGAAAAAAAAGGACAAAAAAAAAGCAUGUAAUCAUUUUUAGAUGUCGAACUACAAUUUUAUUAUGUCUUUUUUUUCUUUGAGGUUUUUUUAAGAAAAAUGUUGUCACCGAGAAAAUGCAUUGAAAGAGUAAAACAAAAACAUCUAAAUGGCAGAAAUGACCAAAAAUGAAUAAAAACAUUGUCACUUAUUAAAGUUUUCUUUGCUUCAGACAAAAA